AUGAGAGACUUUGUCCAAAGAGUCGUAGAGUCACUGAGUGUGGAUGAUAACAAAGAUCGAGUCUCCCUGAUUCAGUACAGCGGAAAUGCAGCUGUCCAGUUCUACCUGAACACAUACACAACAAAGGGCGAAAUCCUUGACAUUGUCAGAGGGUUGAGGCACAGAGGUGGAACAACCCUCAACACUGGAGCAGCUCUCCAGUACUUGAGGGAUAAUGUCUUCACAACCUCUGCCGGCAGCAGACCCCUUGAAGGAGUCCCACAGGUCCUAAUAUUGCUAAGCGGCGGAAGGUCUUUUGACAGAGUCGAUGCACCAGCCUCUGCUCUCAAAAAGCUCGGAGUUCUGAUCUUUACCAUCGGAACCACACGCUCCGAUAGGGGAGAACUGCAGAAGAUAGCCCACGAUCCCAGAUGUGCUCUAUCUGUGCCUGAAUUCACUGACCUUCCCAGUGUCCAACAACAGCUUCAGUCCUCCGUGGAGGCUGUGGUGAUUGACGUCAGUGCAGAAACGCCACCAGUAAUUGCUGAAGCCAAAAAGGAUAUUGUAUUCCUUCUGGAUGGUUCUGAUGGAACAAGGAGUGGCUUCCCCACCAUGCGCGAUUUUGUUGAGCAAGUGGUGGAGAAACUCAAUGUGGGUGUAGACAAAGACCGUGUCUCUGUGGUCCAGUACAGCAGAGAUGCAGAGGCCAAUUUCUAUCUGAACACGUACACUACAAGAGAGGAUAUUGUGGAUGCAGUCAGAGGGCUCAGACACAGAGGAGGCAGACCACUCAACACAGGGGCCGCGCUCCGAUACGUCAGGGACAACGUCUUUACAAACUCCUCAGGGAGUAGGCGCCCGCAAGGUGUUCCACAGAUCUUGAUCCUGCUUAAUGGUGGGCGGUCUUCUGACAGCGUUGAUGUGCCAGCCUCUGCUCUUAAACAGCAGGGCAUCUUUACAAUCAGCAUUGGAACACAGAACUCUGACAGCAGCGAGCUGAAAAAGAUAUCCCAUGACCCAAGUAAUGCUCUAGCAGUGUCUGAGCUCACUGACCUCCCCAGUGUGCAAGAACAGCUCUCCUCUGUAAUAAACAGGGUACUCAGAGCCGCCACGCCCAUGACACCAACAGUAACUGAUAGUACAUUUUACGGUCUUAAUACGUCUCGUGUUUUGUUUACCACAGCGGAUAGAACAGGAAGGGAUGUCGUUUUCUUGUUGGAUGGCUCUGAUGCCACAAGAAGCUCAUUCCCAGCUAUGAGAGACUUUGUCCAAAGAGUCGUAGAGUCACUGAGUGUGGAUGAUAACAAAGAUCGAGUCUCCCUGAUUCAGUACAGCGGAAAUGCAGCUGUCCAGUUCUACCUGAACACAUACACAACAAAGGGCGAAAUCCUUGACAUUGUCAGAGGGUUGAGGCACAGAGGUGGAACAACCCUCAACACUGGAGCAGCUCUCCAGUACUUGAGGGAUAAUGUCUUCACAACCUCUGCCGGCAGCAGACGCCUUGAAGGAGUCCCACAGGUCCUAAUAUUGCUAAGCGGCGGAAGGUCUUUUGACAGAGUCGAUGCACCAGCCUCUGCUCUCAAAAAGCUCGGAGUUCUGAUCUUUACCAUCGGAACCACACGCUCCGAUAGGGGAGAACUGCAGAAGAUAGCCCACGAUCCCAGAUGUGCUCUAUCUGUGCCUGAAUUCACUGACCUUCCCAGUGUCCAACAACAGCUUCAGUCCUCCGUGGAGGCUGUGGUGAUUGACGUCAGUGCAGAAACGCCACCAGUAAUUGCUGAAGCCAAAAAGGAUAUUGUAUUCCUUCUGGAUGGUUCUGAUGGAACAAGGAGUGGCUUCCCCACCAUGCGCGAUUUUGUUGGGCAAGUGGUGGAGAAACUCAAUGUGGGUGUAGACAAAGACCGUGUCUCUGUGGUCCAGUACAGCAGAGAUGCAGAGGCCAAUUUCUAUCUGAACACGUACACUACAAGAGAGGAUAUUGUGGAUGCAGUCAGAGGGCUCAGACACAGAGGAGGCAGACCACUCAACACAGGGGCCGCGCUCCGAUACGUCAGGGACAACGUCUUUACAAACUCCUCAGGGAGUAGGCGCCCGCAAGGUGUUCCACAGAUCUUGAUCCUGCUUAAUGGUGGGCGGUCUUCUGACAGCGUUGAUGUGCCAGCCUCUGCUCUUAAACAGCAGGGCAUCUUUACAAUCAGCAUUGGAACACAGAACUCUGACAGCAGCGAGCUGAAAAAGAUAUCCCAUGACCCAAGUAAUGCUCUAGCAGUGUCUGAGCUCACUGACCUCCCCAGUGUGCAAGAACAGCUCUCCUCUGUAAUAAACAGGGUACUCAGAGCCGCCACGCCCAUGACACCAACAGUAACUGGUAAGCGAGCUCUCCAUCCCAAACACAUGAAAAAUAGUACAUUUUACGGUCUUAAUACGUCUCGUGUUUUGUUUACCACAGCGGAUAGAACAGGAAGGGAUGUCGUUUUCUUGUUGGAUGGCUCUGAUGCCACAAGAAGCUCAUUCCCAGCUAUGAGAGACUUUGUCCAAAGAGUCGUAGAGUCACUGAGUGUGGAUGAUAACAAAGAUCGAGUCUCCCUGAUUCAGUACAGCGGAAAUGCAGCUGUCCAGUUCUACCUGAACACAUACACAACAAAGGGCGAAAUCCUUGACAUUGUCAGAGGGUUGAGGCACAGAGGUGGAACAACCCUCAACACUGGAGCAGCUCUCCAGUACUUGAGGGAUAAUGUCUUCACAACCUCUGCCGGCAGCAGACGCCUUGAAGGAGUCCCACAGGUCCUAAUAUUGCUAAGCGGCGGAAGGUCUUUUGACAGAGUCGAUGCACCAGCCUCUGCUCUCAAAAAGCUCGGAGUUCUGAUCUUUACCAUCGGAACCACACGCUCCGAUAGGGGAGAACUGCAGAAGAUAGCCCACGAUCCCAGAUGUGCUCUAUCUGUGCCUGAAUUCACUGACCUUCCCAGUGUCCAACAACAGCUUCAGUCCUCCGUGGAGGCUGUGGUGAUUGACGUCAGUGCAGAAACGCCACCAGUAAUUGGUAGGUGUACAAGUACAGCACUCACUGGGCAUGGGUGGGCUUUAAUCUUUACCUUAGAAGAGACUGACAUGGAAACAGCUGAAGCCAAAAAGGAUAUUGUAUUCCUUCUGGAUGGUUCUGAUGGAACAAGGAGUGGCUUCCCCACCAUGCGCGAUUUUGUUGAGCAAGUGGUGGAGAAACUCAAUGUGGGUGUAGACAAAGACCGUGUCUCUGUGGUCCAGUACAGCAGAGAUGCAGAGGCCAAUUUCUAUCUGAACACGUACACUACAAGAGAGGAUAUUGUGGAUGCAGUCAGAGGGCUCAGACACAGAGGAGGCAGACCACUCAACACAGGGGCCGCGCUCCGAUACGUCAGGGACAACGUCUUUACAAACUCCUCAGGGAGUAGGCGCCCGCAAGGUGUUCCACAGAUCUUGAUCCUGCUUAAUGGUGGGCGGUCUUCUGACAGCGUUGAUGUGCCAGCCUCUGCUCUUAAACAGCAGGGCAUCUUUACAAUCAGCAUUGGAACACAGAACUCUGACAGCAGCGAGCUGAAAAAGAUAUCCCAUGACCCAAGUAAUGCUCUAGCAGUGUCUGAGCUCACUGACCUCCCCAGUGUGCAAGAACAGCUCUCCUCUGUAAUAAACAGGGUACUCAGAGCCGCCACGCCCAUGACACCAACAGUAACUGGUAAGCGAGCUCUCCAUCCCAAACACAUGAAAACGGAUAGAACAGGAAGGGAUGUCGUUUUCUUGUUGGAUGGCUCUGACGCCACAAGAAGCUCAUUCCCAGCUAUGAGAGACUUUGUCCAAAGAGUCGUAGAGUCACUGAGUGUGGAUGAUAACAAAGAUCGAGUCUCCCUGAUUCAGUACAGCGGAAAUGCAGCUGUCCAGUUCUACCUGAACACAUACACAACAAAGGGCGAAAUCCUUGACAUUGUCAGAGGGUUGAGGCACAGAGGUGGAACAACCCUCAACACUGGAGCAGCUCUCCAGUACUUGAGGGAUAAUGUCUUCACAACCUCUGCCGGCAGCAGACGCCUUGAAGGAGUCCCACAGGUCCUAAUAUUGCUAAGCGGCGGAAGGUCUUUUGACAGAGUCGAUGCACCAGCCUCUGCUCUCAAAAAGCUCGGAGUUCUGAUCUUUACCAUCGGAACCACACGCUCCGAUAGGGGAGAACUGCAGAAGAUAGCCCACGAUCCCAGAUAUGCUCUAUCUGUGCCUGAAUUCACUGACCUUCCCAGUGUCCAACAACAGCUUCAGUCCUCCGUGGAGGCUGUGGUGAUUGACGUCAGUGCAGAAACGCCACCAGUAAUUGGUAGGUGUACAAGUACAGCACUCACUGGGCAUGGGUGGGCUGUCUGAUCUCCCUUACCUCGCAUGACUUAAAAGUUACUGAUUGUGUCCAAAGUUCAUCUUUACCUUAGAAGAGACUGACAUGGAAACAGGCAGCGCUUUCCCAAAAAUAUGUGUAGUCUGAUCGUGUCACUGUUUGCAAAGGUUCUUUUUAUCAUUUGUCCUCCCGUCUUUUCUCAGCUGAAGCCAAAAAGGAUAUUGUAUUCCUUCUGGAUGGUUCUGAUGGAACAAGGAGUGGCUUCCCCACCAUGCGCGAUUUUGUUGAGCAAGUGGUGGAGAAACUCAAUGUGGGUGUAGACAAAGACCGUGUCUCUGUGGUCCAGUACAGCAGAGAUG